UGUAUUAUUUUACUAACAAAUGUCUAUAAACUUCAUGUUGAAAUAAAUUUCAUUUUUGACGUGAACGCAGUAGAAACGAACAGCAAUUAAGAAUAAAAUAAGGCAUACGGCGUGGCGCGCCUCUAACGAAAACAAUAUUAAAGAAUGGGGAGAUUAAAAAAAAGCAAUGCAAUAUUUGUAAUAAUAUGCUUAUUAAUUGAAACAAAUGGCUUUUAUGUGCCUGGUGUUGCUCCAGUAGAAUUUAAAAAGGGACAAAAAAUUGAUGUUAAAGCAGUUAAAAUGACCAGUACUCACACACAAUUACCAUAUGAUUAUUAUUCUAUUCCUUUUUGUGUACCAAAAAAUGGAAGUAAGGAUUAUAAAUCAGAAAAUUUAGGAGAAGUAUUACGUGGUGACAGAAUUGUAAGUACACCAUAUGAAGUAUCAAUGGCAGAAAACAUAAUGUGUAGAUUAUUAUGUCAUGGACCAAAUGAACUUAUGACAUGGAAUGAAAAAGAAUCACAACUUGUUAUAGAACGUAUUCAACAUGAUUAUACUGUACAUUUGUUAAUUGAUAAUUUGCCAGCAGCAACAAAAAAAGUUCAGAAAGAUACAAAUAAUGUAAUUGUAUAUCAUGGAUAUCGUUUGGGUGGUAUUAUGAAUGGCCAAUAUUACAUUAAUAAUUAUCUUAAAUUAAAAUUAAGUUAUCAUAAAUAUGGAGAAAAUGAAUUUAGAGUAGUUGGAUUUGAAGUAGAAGCUCAUUCAGUUGAUGUAAGUCAACUAAAGUUUGAUAAAACUACUUGUAUACUACCCUCACAUCCUCAGGCAAAUCUUCAAUUUGUUAACCCUAAAGGAACCAAACUUCUAUUCUUAUAUACUGUGGAUUGGAAGCAAUCUGAUGUAAGUUGGGCAAGCAGAUGGGACAUAUAUCUAGGAAUGAGUGAUGUUGAAAUUCAUUGGUUUUCAAUCAUCAAUUCACUUAUUGUAGUUAUUUUUCUUUCUGGGAUUUUAACAAUGAUCAUGGUUCGAACUCUAAGAAGAGAUAUUGCACGUUACAAUGCUGGUGAGAGCGAUAGUUUAGCAGGCUUAGAUGAAACAAUUGAAGAAACUGGUUGGAAACUUGUUCAUGGAGAUGUAUUUCGACCUCCUCCAAAUCCUCGGUUAUUUGCUGCUGUAAUAGGCAGUGGAAUACAAAUAUUUUUUAUGGCUUUAAUCACGAUAUUUUUUGCAAUGUUAGGAAUGCUUUCUCCAGCUAGUAGAGGUGCACUUGGAACAUGUGCAAUAUUUCUGUAUGUAUUUUCUGGUUUAAUUGCUGGAUAUUUUUCUGCACGUCUUUAUAAAACAAUGCGCGGUCGAAAAUGGAGAAGAACUGCGUUAUUGACAGCAACGCUUUUUCCUGGAAUAGUAUUUACUACUUGUUUCUUCUUAAAUUUUUUUAUAUGGGGAAAGCAUAGUUCAGGCGCAGUACCAUUUAAAACAAUGUUAGCAUUAUUGUGUUUAUGGUUUGGUAUUUCACUUCCUCUUGUAUAUCUUGGAUAUUUCUUUGGAUAUCGUAAACAACCAUUUACACAUCCUGUUAGAACAAAUCAAAUUCCAAGACAAGUUCCUGAUCAAUUAUGGUAUAUGAAUCCAAUACUAUGUACAUUAAUGGCUGGAAUUCUUCCUUUUGGUGCUGUUUUUAUAGAAUUAUUUUUCAUCCUAACUGCAUUGUGGGAAAAUCAAUUUUAUUAUCUAUUUGGAUUCCUCUUUCUAGUUUUCUGUAUACUUGUUAUUUCUUGCUCUCAAAUUUCUAUAGUUAUGGUCUAUUUUCAAUUAUGUGGAGAAGAUUAUCGAUGGUGGUGGAGAAGUUUUAUUGUCAGUGGAGGAUCAGCUGUAUAUGUUUUAGCUUAUUCAAUUUUUUAUUUUAUGACAAAAUUAGAAAUAACAGAACUAAUUCCAACACUUUUGUAUUUUGGUUACACUGGAUUAAUGGUUUUAACAUUUUGGUUAUUAACUGGUACAAUAGGAUUUUUUGCAGCUUAUGCAUUUAUUCGAAAAAUAUAUGCUGCUGUAAAAAUAGACUAGUCAAUCAUUGAUCCUAUCAGUGAUUAAGAAAAGUAACACUAUUUCAAUAUGUGUUACAAAAAAUAUUUAAUUACUUUAAAUGAAAUAUAUGUGAAACCAAAAUAGUACAAUAGUUUAUUUUCAGUUUCAAUAUAUUAAUUUCAUUUGGUUACAAAUGAGAACUAUAUUUACCAAAUAAUAUUCUUACAUAUUAUAAAAUUGUUCUGUUUAUAAUGAAAAAUAUGUAAAAUUUAUGAAUGAACAGAAAAAAUUGUAAUUAAAGAGAAUGAUGUAUAACUUCAUUCAUUGCAUUAUUAAUACAUAAUUUUCAGUUUU